AUGACGUGUAGCUUUCCGCCGAACGCGCAGGGCCAAAGAUUGUGUGGGAAGCGAGCUUGGACUGCCAGGCGGUCCGUGGUCCCAUCCACAUCCACCCCAGUCCUGCCUUUCACCAACGACCCGGAAAGGAAGACUGUCCAGGAGCUGCAGCAGCUAGGACCUUGCCUUGCCUUGCCUUGCCUUGCCUUUGAGGAAUCUGGGAAGGCGUUUUUUUUACUUUGUUGUAUUUUUGAGUGGCAGCUUGCUUCCCCUUCGAGGCCUUGGUAUGAGCUCGACAGGACCUUCUGGCCAGCCUUGUCGUACACGGUCAAUGAUUCCCAAUAUCACCUCAUUUCCCGCUGGUGUCGCUUGUGCUUCGGCUACGGACGCUACUACGUACAUGCAACCCUUCUAACCCCCCUCCCUCGGCGCCCAGCAUCGCCAUCGCCAGCGCCCUUGACAUUGCCAUUGCCAUUCCAAGCCAUUGCCAUUCCCAUCUGCUACAGGUAUUCAUCGCGCAUCGUCAUAGUCAUACCGGUAGGCUACCCGUCGGUUACGGCCGCCAACCGCCAACGUGAGCAGGAUCGACGGCUUGCGUUCGCUACGCUAUCUACCUGCUUGCCUGCCCAUCUACUUGCUGGCCUGCGUUGCUUGCCUGCGCGCUGCUUGCAUGUCAGGCGACGUGGUGCUGUCUUCCCUGAAUGCUCUCGGUUGCUGCCGCAGCCAUACAUUGUCUCCAUCGUCGUCGGCCUGCCGCUUUGCUUCACCACCACCGCCCGCCAUCAUCGCCCUACCCAGCGCGCGACCACCCUGUUCCUGUAUGCCCUGCGCCAACACGAGCCACAGUUCCAGGCGCGCUUCCGGUCUUGCCUUUGCGCCGGUCUUGCGUGUUUCGCGGCCCUGCGCAACCAGCCCCUAACCGCUGCAGCUACGCAGUCGCCUCUCCAAGUCUCCCAGCCUGUCAAAGCCAGUGCCGCCGCCGACGACAGCGACAACGUUGCGCCCCUCGCCCUCGCCUGCACCCUCACCGUCGUGCCCCACCCCGGCAAGUCGCCUGCGCGCUCUCUCUCUCCCUCUCUUUCUCUCGCCCGCUGCGAUACGAAGUACCCCGCCGACGUGCCUGCGCUCUCGCUACGCAGCGCAGUCCCGCGACCACAUUGUCCGAGGAGCUGUAACGCUCGCCUGCCCGCCGUCAUGCCCGUUGGCACGCAGAACAAUUCUCAUGCGCCGCGCGUGCGCAAUGGGGAGCCCCAGGCUGCCCUAGCAGCUCCAGAGCCUGCAUCCGCACGGCGCGAUCUCACCUCGUGGUGGAGGCAGUUCAGCAAGCGUCCAGCAAAGAAGGAGGACGAAAAAGAAACUGCCCCCCAGGGAAUAUUUGGUGUGGCCCUCAUCCAAAGUAUACCCUACGCCAAUGUUGCUAUAUCACUCUUCAACGAGCAUGGCGAAAGCUACAUAUACGGCUACGUCCCCAUCGUAGUCGCAAAGUGUGGUGUAUAUCUCAAAGAAAAAGGUCACGUCGCCUUCACCAUGCUUGCUUGUGCGCGCGCUAACAUUCCCGCAGCUACUGAUGUGGAAGGCAUCUUCAGGUUAGCCGGCUCGGAGAAGAGGAUCAAGGAGCUCAAGACUGCGUUUGAUACCCCGCCGCGCUAUGGCAAAGGCCUCGAUUGGACGGGCUACACUGUCCACGAUGCAGCCAACAUCCUGCGCCGCUACUUCAACAAUCUUCCGGAGCCCAUCAUUCCACUUCAACAUUAUGAUCCCUUUCGGCAACCCCUGCGGAACCAUCAGGCGGAAGCGGUCGGCCCUAUCGAAGGUCAAGAUCCGUCGAUAGGAGGAUUCGACCCAGACGCUGCAGUACGGGUAUAUCAGCACCAGAUCAAGGCUCUGCCUUCCCUCAAUCGCCAGCUACUAUUGUAUAUCCUCGACUUGCUUGCCGUGUUCGCCGCAAAGGCAGAUGUGAACAAAAUGACGACCUCAAAUCUAGCCGCCAUCUUCCAGCCAGGUAUUCUGUCGCAUCCUCAGCACGACAUGUCGCCCGCAGACUAUCGGCUAAGCCAAGACGUUCUCAUCUUUCUCAUUGACAACCAAGAUCAUUUCCUGAUUGGUAUGGAAGGCACCGCUGUCGAUGAGGGUACCGUCAAGCACAUAGAAAGUGGGCCCUCAACCCCACAAGCACGAACACCAACGACUCCAGGUCGCAAUCCCUCUGACAUCGGACGAUCGGCUUCGACCACAUCCAGUGCUGGUGCAGAGAGCUUGCGCAUGUAUGGAGGUAUUCGUCGAAACGUCUCAACAUCUUCGAAACGGUCACGACGCUCAGGAGCUGUGCCCAGUCCCAUUACCCCUGCCUUUUCUACCCCAGCCACCUCGAGUGUUAAUAGAAGUAACACUCUGCCUACCAAGCGGUCACCUGCUAUCGGUAGUCCGCGAUUCCCCUUCAACAAGGUCUCAGGUCCUUCUACACCCGUCGCCGAAGAGGUGAAGAGUCCAGUUUCGCCUCCUCAACAUGCAGAUGCCUCAGUGAGCGUCGCUAAUACAAAGCAAGAAACGGAACAAAUUACGAAAGACUCCGAACCGGCCCAGCCCGUACAGGCAGUCGUAGAGCAAGUCCAAGCCGUGCAACCCACGGUAUCGGAGCAAGAACCAGCCGCGACCAUUCCCAAGAGGUCCGCAACCAUGCCGCCUCAAAAGAUAGAGAUGCCGGCUCCCUUUGCCCAUGUCCCCGCUCGACCUCCAAGGCCAAUGUCCGUCACGCCAGCUAUACAUGAGAUGCCUGGAGGCUUUCCAUUGCCGUCGCCUGGUGUUAUCCCGCCAAGUGCGCCUGUCACGCCAGAUGUGUCCGCCCAAAUUGCACAGGAAAUGCUACCCGUCCGCGCUUCUACUCCACUUCAGCGCAGUCCAUAUCCUAGUCCUCGCCGCAGUCCUCAUCGCAGUCCCCAUCGCACUCCCCAGCGCAGCCCUCACCAUACUCCCACGCGUGAACGAUCCGAAUUCCUAGAAGGACCUAUCGACUCUGGUCCCUCUGCUGAGCUCACGCCAGCGGUACGCACCUUUACCCAGAUCUUAGCCAAGGUGGCGGCCUCGCCGACAAACGAAGCAAAGGAUGAACGAAAACCAAAGAAACUUCAGAAGAAACGUGGCCCACUGGGUGCGAUUACCAGCGCACACAGUUCUACUCAUUCGCUGACUGCUGGGGAUGUUGGUUUUGGCGGUUCUUAUGUGCCUCCAGCUCUCGAAUCACCAUUGCAACCGCCACACCCUCCUUUUGCACACGGCCAGUCCCAAGCCAGCGGAUCCAAGGAAGGCCUACACUCGCACAAUGACACUGUAUCAUCGCGCCACUCUGGUAUAACGUUGAAGCCCAGCAUGUCACCAUCGGCUUCUUUCAGAUCGCAUUCGACUGCCACGGAGCACUCCGAAGCCGAGCAGACAGAUGAUAAUCUACCCAAAGAAGAAAAGCGCAGCUUCUGGAAAGGUCACAAGCGUGGUGAGAGCAGAGCAACGCCGACAGCAAGCUCUACGGACCUUCACGGCUCUGUGCCCGGUGGUGACAAGAGCAUGAGCUCUUUCGCUAGUAGUUCAGGGAAUACUGGAGGUGGACGCAGGAGCCUUCAGUACGAUUCCAAUCCCAGUCCUGAUGCCUCGGUGGUUUAUGGAAGUCCGCCAGACCACGACCGAUCGGAGAAGAAUGGCGUAUUCGGCUGGUUCCACAAGAUGAGAUCAGACCACCAAGACCGGACGGAUAAGAAGGAACGCGCCAAAAGUCCACCAGGGAGUUUUAGUCGCUUACCUCCGCCGCAGAGCCUCAUGCAGCCAUUGAAUGAUCCUGCCUCAAGAGGUCGUACUAUGGAGACUUCGCACGUGACAGAGAAGACCGAUAAGUCUGACGAUACCACUCCAACUGGGUCAACGCCAGUUGCAUCCACUGCUCCCGGAACUUCAUCGUCGCCUGUACCUACAUCUCCGCCUGCCUCUGUACCUGGGCCUGGCCCUUCACCUGAUCCAGUACCAGGAGCUUCGGAACCAAAGCUGCGACAUGGCCCCAUGGCCCUCCGUAGCGAUCUCCCAGCUGCACUCUUUGAGAAGCGAUCGGUAGCGCAGUCUCCAAGCAGGAAUCCUGCUUUGCCUGACGCGGUCACCCCUGCUUCACCCCCUACAUCUGAAACUGCGCCAGUUGAGAACGCUCCCGUCAAAGAGGUGGAAUCUGAAGCAACUACCCAGUCAGAGAGUGCGACGGCACAGCCAUUUCAAACGGCAACUUCACCAUCUGAUUCGCAUCAUGCGUCUUCCAACUCAACUGUAACCAUCACGUCUUCUUCUCAACCGCCGACUGCAACCACCACGGCGAAUCCCGCGCCUGGUGAGAAUGCGCAAGGUGCGCCGGCUACCUCCGCCCAGGCACCAGCUAAGUAG